AUGGACAUCAACGCGGGACCGCUGGUGGACGACUCGCUCGAUCCACCGGCGCGCAUGUUCGAUCGUCUCCGCCAGAUUGCUGGAUACACCUGGGAUGAGACGCAGCGGCCGCUACACACGAGCUACGACAACUGUCCACCCCAGCCAUGUCUCGAGCCCUUCACCUAUCGGCCGCUUGGUCUCAAACCGGACACCCCCAGCAGACGGCUCUGUCUUCUCCCCAACGGCGACCGACGUGGCGAGUGA